AAAGCAUAUUUAUUUCAGGUACCUCAAAAGGAUCUAAGCAGAGUGAAAGUAAAAUGAAUGGUCCCUCGUCAGAGAGAGAGGCGAGAGCUAACGGUCCCCGGCAGAAUGGCAGUGCAAACAGCACGAUAGAGAGCGAAUAUGACACGGCGUAUGAACCAACGUUACACUCUGAUGAGACCUAUGAACCAGUGAAUGUUAAUCGCAAAUCACAUGAUGAAGACGAUGACCAAUACAUGGAAUUAAGGGAGGAGCCGAGAGGGUUGUAUGGCGUUGCUGCAGACGACCCGGAAUGUUAUCAAGUACCUCCGUCGAAUUUGCCUCUCACAAAAUUGCCUCCUGGUGUCUUGUAUAGAGUUCAGGCUACUCACAUUUACACGGGAGAGGAUGUAGACGAGCUGACAUUUGAAACGGGAGAAAUAAUCGAUGUUGUUCCAUUUGAUGAUCCUGAAGACCAGGAUGAGGGAUGGCUCAUGGGAAUCAAACAGUCCGAUAAAACAAAAGGCGUGUUUCCUGCUAAUUUCACCAAACCCAUUUAGCCAUCUUACCUCAACCAAGUGGAGACAUACUGAAGAAUACAGAAAUAGGCUAUAGACUAAGUCUGUUUGUAAAUAAGAGAUACAUGAUCUUUGUGUAUUCCGUUGAAAUCUAGGUGGCAAUAUUAUUUUUAAAAAAAGCUGCUGUGUUAUCUGUAUCAUUGCUGAACACUGUUGUGCCUAUGGUUGUAUAUUCUCGCCUUUCAGAGAUUCUUAAAUAGAAAUGCACAGUUUGUAUGUAUAUAGAGCUAUUUGGCUGUUCUUAGUGUUGAGAAACAGGGAUUAGCAGGGUAGCUUAUUUUAGGGUCUUUGUAACCUCUUUAGUUGACUGUUUUCAGAUUUUGAUACUGAAUGUACAUUGCACACAGCUGAUGUUAUGUUUUGUUGACAUGUUCUCUUUGCACUUUUCUCAGUCUUGUGUUUGAUUAAAUUAAAAUAUAUGUCAGGUGUAUUGAUCAUUCUUCAGAGCUGUAAGUGUUUGAUUCAAGUUUAAAGGAAAGGGCACUUGCACAGCUCCUUUUAUCUACCAAACAGAGCUAAUCCGAAAUGUAUCAUUUAGUUUCUGAAGUGAAGCAUGCCAAGUCCAUUCUCUGUGGCAAUUUGAAAAUGACACAAAAUGAAAACGAGAAAUCCAUCCAAGUUGAAUGUGCAAUGUGUGUGCCAAGUUCCUAAUGUUUAAAGUCUUGCAUAAUAAGCGGUGUUCAUUUUUGGUAGUUCUGUGUUAAGCUUUACAUGUAAGCAGCAUUGUUUUUCUUCCAGUUUUAAACUGAGCCUUAAUGUUGUUGAACAAAUGCUUCCAGGUUAAGUUGUAUGUGCAGCCUUCUGACACUUUCUGACACCAGUGCAAACAUGACCUACGCAAUUUUUUUUACAAAUAUGUGGAUUAAAGAACAAGUUUGUAUGUUGAAGGUAACUUCUAUGUCUUUGUUGACAUUGUUUAUUUUGCAAUAUUGCAUGUUUGUACAUUCAGUUAAUUUUGGAUAUUUUGUGUGAGCAUUUGCUGAGUUUUAUCUGGUGAUUAAAUUGGAAAAAAUAUCAAAUCAGGUGGCGCAGGUAACAUACUGAAUGGUUCUUGGGGUGUAAGUACCCCCUUUGAAUGUGAUACUUUUUAGACAGGUAGAAGCUGUCUGAAAGCUUCCAAUCUUAAUUGUUUUGAAUCAUGAAAGAAUCUAAUCUUUGUGAUUGAUAUUUGAUUCUAAUGCACAAAUUAGUGGACAGCAGAUGGAGAGAAGUAAUGCAGUUAGUGAUAAAUAUGUUUGAUGAGAAGGCUUAAAAUUUAGCAUUAGAUGGAUCUGAUGCCAGUGAGCAGAGAUGAGAAACUGAUUAUGAAUGAUGUAUUGCUGCACAUCAUGUGGGGUGAAAAUUAAGGCAAGAACAACUGUGACAUGCCACACGAUGAGAGUAAGGAUGAAAUUUGUCAGUUUGCUAAUGGAUUUAUAUAUGAGUGAAAUUGCAAAUUAUGUAAUCGAUGCCAUUAAGUUAUAUCUGAUGGAUCUGUAGAGAGGGGACAUUGGCCAGAAUGGAUCAGGAAAUCCUAGUUUGAGAAAAAGAUGUAAUGGCUUGGUUUGAAUUCUCAAAUUGUUAUUGGUUCCUCACUGCAUUCAGUGAGGUGUUUGAGGUAACAUAUGAUGGUUUAAGUUAACAGGCAGCUCUGUUGAAAAUACAGAACCACAAAGAAUUUGGUGAAAAGAGUAAACGGUCUCUUUUGAGUCUAAACAUUGUUUUUGACUCUGUGGGCUGACAUUUGAUUCUUAAUCAAAGGGUCUAAAUCACUUUGAUUUCUUUGAGGAAGGAUCUCAAUGUCAUGCUUCACAGAUGAAAAAUUUUAGUCUCUU